AUGAAACUCGUUAAGUGGGCAAGAGGCUUUUAUAAUAUUAACCCAUGUUUAGCAAGGGGGUUAUUUGGUAAUUUUAUCAAAGUUAAAAGAAUUCUAGGGAUUUUAUGUUUGCGUCCUCAUCAGUUGAUCGAGCAAAGGAAAAGAAACACGAAGAGAGAGUGCAGACACGAAUCCGAUGUUUUGGUCGAUCGAUUGCAAGAAGGGUGUUUCUCCGGGGGUACACGAGAUCAAAGGGAAGGAAGGGACGAACCAGCGAGGUUUCGCUCUUUCUCGUCCAGCUGUGAGGUGCGAAGGGAGGAGGAGGAAAUUGGUCCAAUUGAAGCGAUGAGAGCAGCAACGGAAAAGCAAGCGAGGCGUCGGCGGUCGUUGGUCGAUGGGAGCAGAAGAGAGAGUGCGAGGAGAGGAGGUCAGAAGAAGGGUCGGGGGGGAGAUAGUCAGCAACGACCAUUUGGGCUGCUGAGAGGGAAAGGAACGUGCGAGAGGUGGGGCUGCUGCCUCGAUGGUUCACCGCAGCACCACCACUGCGGGUGGUUCAUGACAGGGGACGAAGAAACAGGCAGAAAAACAAGGAAGAAAGGUAACGACUCCUCUAGUGGUGUCUGUUCUUGGCUGAAAUCGAAGGAGAAGAAGAAAAGAAACAACAAAUUAUUGUGGUGUUUGCAUGAAGAAGCAGGCAGAAAAAAAAAACUAAUCAUUGUUCAUGUUUGA